GGUCGGCAGCGCGUCCCGGGCAGUCCGAUCCGAUCCGGUGCGGUGCCGGCGCGAGAUGAGCAGCCCCGAUGCGGGCUACGCCAGCAGCGACGACCAGGUGCAGGGGCGGUGCUCGCUGCCCAUGAUGAUGCCGGCCAUGUGCCCGUGGGCAGAGUCGCUGAGCCCGCUGGGCGAGGCGAAGGCGAAGGGCGGCGCGGCGGCGGCGGCGUCGGGCGGCCGGAGCAAGGGCGAGGCGCGGAUCCGGCGUCCCAUGAACGCCUUCAUGGUGUGGGCCAAGGACGAGCGCAAGCGGCUGGCGCAGCAGAACCCGGACCUGCACAACGCCGAGCUCAGCAAGAUGCUGGGUAAAUCGUGGAAGGCGCUGUCGCUGGCGGAGAAGCGUCCGUUCGUGGAGGAGGCGGAGCGGCUGCGGGUGCAGCACAUGCAGGACCACCCGAACUACAAGUACCGGCCGCGGCGGCGGAAGCAGGUGAAGCGCCUGAAGCGGGUGGAGAGCGGCUUCCUGCAGCACGGCCUGGCGGAGGCGGCGGGGCCCGGGCUGGGCAGCGAGGUGUCCGGCGGCGGCGGCGGCGGCAGGAUGUGCGUGGAGGGCCUGGGACUGGCGUACGGCGAGCAGGGCUACGCGGCGGCGGCGGCGGGCGCGGGCCACUACCGGGACUGUCCGCCGCUGGGCGCCGCGUUCGACGGCUACGGCCUGCCGACACCGGACCCGUCGCCGCUGGACGCGGCGGAGAGCGAGGCGUCCUUCUUCGCGGCGGGGCUGCAGGAGGAGUGCGCGCUGGUGCCCUACGGCUACGGCCCGCACCCGAGUGCGGCCGCCGAGUACCCGGCGGCGGCGGCGGCGGCGUCCGAGAGCCCGUCGGGCGCGUCGCUGCGGCGGCACCUGCCGCCCGGGGAGGCGCUGGGCGCGGGCGGGUCGCUGCAGGCGCUGCUGGGCUGCCCGGCGGCGCUGCACGGCUACUACGGGCAGUGCCAGCAGCCGCCGGGAGCGGGGCGCGGCCCGCCGCCGGGGGCCGUGGGGCAGCCGUCGCCGCCGCCCGAGACGGCGCCGUGCCGGGAGCAGCUGGAGCAGCUGCGGCCCGAGGAGCUGCUGGGCGAGGUGGACCGCACGGAGUUCGAGCAGUACCUGCGCUUCGCCUGCAAGCCCGAGCUGGGGCUGCCCUACGGCGGCCCCGAGGCGGCCGCGCUGUCGCCGGCCGAGGUGGCGGGUCCCGUGUCGUCGGCCGUGUCGGACGCCAGCAGCGCCGUCUACUACUGCGGCUACCCCGACUUGUGAGGGGCUGGCCGGGGCACGGCACGGACACUGGCAUGGAGGCGCCCGGCCCCGCUCCUAUUUAUCUAAUUUAUUUGAAUCCCUUUGGGACUGGUCCACGGACUUUGUCUGGGCGGACGUAAGCUGCUCUCCCGAUAAUCCUGCAGGCUACAGGACUCGUCCGAACUUCUUUUCGGCUGGUCUUAAUGGAAUGUUUACAUCUUUUUUUCCCGCCUUUUGUCCUUGCGCGUGAUUAUCGAUAUUUUUGCAGAAUCAGGAGUCUUCCAUGUUUUCCCGGAACAUGUUUCUAGUCGUGUUUUUAACUAUAUCUGUGUUUUAGCAUUUGCGGAAAAUAAAUGAAUGUACAGUUGUUUCUGUCAAUCUUCUUGGUCACCUGGCCCUUGAGUGGGAGCAGUUUUAAGUUAAAUUUGUAAUGCCCUAAGGCAAUGCUUUCUAAAGGCAGAGACGACGUGAUUCUUUCACCAUGACAAUGACUUCUAAAACAGCCUCCGGGACCUAAGAGGUUUUUUCCCCAGGUGUGGCUGUAUUCUUAUCACACAGCUUAAUGGUCAGAUCUCUGCUGCUGCUCUGUCUCUUGGAGGACAGAACAUGUGAUUGGACUUGGGUGCGUUUUAUACGUUUUUUCCUUCUGAUUUGAGUGCCAUGAGGUUCAUGCGCAGUUUACAUCAGCGAGGAGAAAAAACAGUCCAACUCAAGUGCUCAUCUCAUUUCCUGUCAAGUAUCAAUCAAGUGAACGUUAAAAUGGGUUUUUUAGCAUGUUCACCUGUGCUCUGUUUGGACAUUUCUGCCACCGCAAGGGUACAACUAUGUUGUCACUCUUUUGAUGUUUGGAAGAUGCUGGCUGGAGUCAGCCUACAAUAAUUGUGGUGGAGAUUUUCAGAUAUUUUAGUUUGCCAAUGACAGUUCAAAAGUGAUUGGCAAUAACAAAUAUUUUUGGGUAAGUGUACUUUAUCCUACGUAGUUUACUAUCCUACAUGUUUAUUAGACAACAAGUUGUGGGUGGAGAAAUCCUGCAAAAAUUCCAUUUGCGCAAUUGAUGCUUAUAAAUUGCACAAAUUUUUAUAAAAAUUAUAUGACCGUGAGCAUUUUAAAACCCAUUAUGGACACAGAGCUAGCUGUAUUUUCAGACAAAUCUAGUCAAAAUAUGGGAUCGGAUAAUGUUUUAUUUUUUAAUUCAGAAAAUGUAAUUUUAUUUAGGUCUCAAGAAAUCCUGAUUAUGUCCAUUGCCACCAGUCACGGUUUUUUAACAGCACACCAAUGAAAUACUGAAAAAAAUCACUUGAAAUCGCA